AUGUCGGUGGAGGUGGUCGUUAAGAAGGUGGAUGGUGAUGCCUUAGAGGCAGCUAUUAAGGAGGACAAGCUGCUGGUUUGUGAUUUCUUCGCAACCUGGUGCGGUCCCUGUAAGGCGCUGGCGCCAAAGUUGGACGCAAUGGCAAAGGAGAACGAAAACGUCGUCUUCGUGAAGGUUGACGUCGAUGAGUGCCAGGAUGUCGCUGAGAAGUAUCGAGUUACUGCCAUGCCUACCUUGGUUGUGUUUAAAAAUGGGAACGAAAUCGGUCGUGUUGUCGGCGCCAAUGAGGCCAGCAUUAGGGAACUUAUCCAGGCAAACAUCUGA